AUGAAGUCCUUCGCCCCUCUCUCCCUCUUUUCCCUGGCGCUUGCGGGCCUGAGCAAUGCCGCUACCAUCCCGACCAAGUCGCUGACUCGUCGCGCCGACUUCUGCGACCAGUGGGGAUCGACCACCACGGGCAGCUAUAUCGUGUACAACAACCUCUGGGGCCAGAGCUCCGACACGUCCGGCACCCAGUGCACGGGUGUUGACUCGCUGAGCGGAACCACCAUCGCCUGGCACACCUCUUUCUCGUGGUCGGGAGCUUCGUCAUCGGUGAAGAGCUUCGCCGAUGUUGCGCUGCAGUUCACCGCCAAGACCCUGAGCAGCGUCAAGAGCAUUAAGUCUACCUGGAAGUGGAGCUACUCGACUACCAACAUCGUCGCCGACGUCGCCUACGACAUGUUCCUGAGCUCCAGCGCCAGCGGCUCCGACGAGUAUGAGAUCAUGGUCUGGCUCGCUGCCCUGGGCGGUGCUGGCCCGAUCUCCUCCACCGGCUCGGCCAUUGCGACCACCACCAUCGACGGGAUCAGCUGGAGCUUGUACAAGGGCUUGAACGGGCAGAUGACCGUGUACAGCUUCGUUGCGAGCUCCCCCGUCACCAGCUUCUCCGGUGACAUGCUCAACUUCUUCACCUACCUGAUCAAGAAUCAGGGUCUGAGCUCCAGCCUGUACCUGGUUGACGUUCAGGCCGGCACGGAGCCCUUCACCGGCACCGCCAAGCUGACGGUCUCUUCGUACUCUGUCGUCGUUGCAUGA